AAGAUAGUAAACAUAAUAUAACAACGCAUGUUAUAUAUGGAAUUACCCGAGAUACAACUGGUCAAUAUAUGAUUGUAUUGGAUGAAUUCUCUUCUAUAAGGAAUAGUAUGUAUGGAAUAUGUGCACAAUGCGAGAGAUAUAAUACAUCAGAAGCAUGGUGUCAGUCGUGUGAUCCCUUUAAAACUACUCAAGGAUGGACUAGUGGAAAUAAUGAAAUUGAUAAUUUAAUUAAAGAAUUUCAACUUAAAGCUACAAGAUAUGAAUACGUAAUUGAGUGGAUUUCAUUCGAUAAAUUAUAUAAUUUGCAAAAAGUUGAUGAAUCAAGACUUCAGGCAUUAUGUUUAGAUGGAAUACGAAAAUUCAAGUCACUUACAGUUGACCUUAAGAAAUUUGAUAGCUUACAAGUUGAUACAUUAGAAUUUAUAAGAAAU